GGGGUUCUAUUCCCAGCUUCCCCGGCACAGGGAUGUCCUCGCACACUUUCUGCUAGCUUAUAAGCCUCUGGGUUUGGACACGAGUUGUGACUUUACUUCGGUUGAACAAACCGCAACAUGAGCCUGAAAACCAGCAUGCUUCUUUUAGUUUUCUUGGUGGGCACCACGGUUGCAGUCGAGGGCGUAACUGAGACGUUGCCGAAGAUAAGCCUGGACAGUAAAAUCGACGAGUCACUAUGGGCUAUGAGCAGAGAUGAAAAUCUUUCCUACAAGUCGGCUCAUGACAUGGGCCAUCAGCUCGCACAACAAAUAAUCUCUUCCGACAAAGAUUGUUUUCACAAAGUUGCGCAGCGAUACUUGCCUCAAGCAUUAUUCCAGUCCGACUUCUUAAUUCAACGAUACUUGCCCCCAGCAUUGUUUCAAUCCAACCACUCGAGUCAACGAUACUCACCCCAUGAAUUACUUGAAUUUAAGCGUUUGAAAGAGGAUGAGAUAAGUAUUUUCGAGGAAACCGGAGUGUUAACCCAAGGUCUCACCCAAGACCACAAGUUCUAUCUGCAACAGGGAUUUGUGUCGAGCAUGAUAGAUGCGCUCGUGCACAGUACUAGUAUGCAAGGAAAGACCCUUCAGCCUCGUUUCUUGGAAAUCAUCAAACAAAGCAAACUUCCGGGUGGAAUUUUGGACAACACGUCCCAUGGGCCAUUACCAACUGAACUUGAUCCAUCAAAGGAUAUUAUUGCUUAUUUGAAGGAUCCACCGUCAAAUGAGCGUAGCAAUGCGGAUGAUGUGACACAAUACUUUUUUAUAUUUCAGCUUUGGUGCAUAGUGGAUAGAUUGACUCGUCCAACAUCAAAUUCUGCUCUAAAAAUGGUAGACGAGCAUCAAAAAUUUCAGAAAUUGAUCCCAUCCUUGGCCAGUUUACUAGUCGUGCUUCAUGACUCUCAGAUGUAUCUGAAGAUAGCGCCUAUAAUUGCUGAAAGGAGCGAAGCUGCCAAUUCCCUCUCGCAAGAAACUGCGAAAUUUUUGUCACAUCACGGAUUUUUGCCCGAGGCGUUUUUAGAAGAUGAGGAAAUCAUUCAACAUAUGCUCAAGGCAACAUCUUUGGCUGACAUUCAUUAUCGCAUCCUGAAGAAGAACAAGGACUUCGAGUAUUGGGCUCUAUCUAGGCCCCUUCUGACCGAAAUCUACAAGAGGGCUAUGGAAAAAGGAAAAGAAUUGUCUAAGGAGUCAAGGCUUCUCAUAGGUUAUCAAGGAAGUAUUAAAGCCAUCAACAAGAAGCUGAUUCAUCAUUCCCUUGAGUCUUCCAACCCUGAAGCGUAGAGGAAGUCUUUGGUGAUUAUUACCCCACCUCUCUGUUUAUCAUUUUCUUGUUUCCCUUCUUGAUAAAAAUAAUAGAGGUAUUUAGGCCAACAUGGCUACAGUUUUUGAAAAUGUCAAAAUCGCUUAAAUUCUAACUUUUAUCUAAAUUCAAUUCCAAGAUGGAUUGUGUAUACAAUGAUUAUC